AUGGACGUGACCGCGGUGAACGCGGGCACCUUCACGCCACGACGCGCUGCAAAGUAUCUGGAUGUGCCGCUGGAUGUUGAAGAGGUUGAGUUGCGCCGUGCCUACCGCAACGCUGCAAGGCGCUGCCACCCCGACAAAGAUGGCAGCACAGAGGAGUUUCUGAGGCUCAAUGAGGCCUUGGAAGUCUUGAUCUCGACGCGGCCGUCCACGGCAGGGACUGGCACAGGGCGCACGGGGACCACGGGAACCACGGGAACCACGGGGACUACGGGGACUACGGAAAGCGAGAGGCUGGACAAACAUUUCUUCGGGACCAACUUUCAGUCCGAUCAUUUCGAUCCUCGCGCAUGGCAUGGGGAGGCCUCCAACGAGUCCCUGGAAGACUUGCAAUGCGUUUGGCGCUGUCGCAGCUGUCCGGAGCAGAGCUCGGUGUGUUGUCGCUUGAAAACCAAGCAGUUGCAAGCACCACGUACGCGACCACCGGCAGCUGGAAGGCUUCCCCUGGCCCUGCAGCAAAGUUCUGCCGGGCAAGGUGGCCACCCCGCUUCCGAGCACGAGACAACGUGGCAGAGACAAACCUCCAAGGUGGGGGACGGGAGCAGAGGAGCCUGGGGCCGAUCUUCCAAGCUGCAGGGCUUUGGCACAAGAUUAUCAAAGGCUGUUACAGUACAGGCGGCCUUCGCGCGGGAGUGGGUGGCGCAAGGCUUGCGCCCCGAAUGUGUGGCGGAGGCCGAGGAGAAGCGAAGUCGCUGGCAGAACCAGGCGGCCUCGCUCGUGGGAUCCGGCAUGGAUCUGAGCGCAGCAAAGGCGGCGGUGAAAGCCAAAGCGCAGAAGAUGCAGGAACGGUUCAACGUUUGGGUUUUUGGGUCAGUUCACUGCGGUGGCACUGUCUUUGAUCUGCAGAUCUCCAUGUGUGCUGAAGCAAAGAUGAUGGAGGAACUGCUGGGCGCUGUCGAAGAAACGCUCGAUGGCACGCGCUUGCCAGGUGCAGCACACUCAUCGCACAACGAGUGGUGCGGACUUUUGGUGGUUGAGUGA